CUCAUGUGGUGCAUGGUGAUACAACAUGCAUGCACGAUGCACCCUUGACCAUUGAUAUGUUAUCCAUGCAUAUAUAGAGAUAGGCGAUAGUAGAUAGAUAGAGAGAGAGAGAGAGAGAGAGAUAUUAAGUGUAACUGAGCAGGUCCUCUCUUUACACGCAAAGAUAAAAAGGCAAGGAUCAUAGGAAGCAAAAGCCCUCUCUCACUCUCCCCAAGCAAAGUAGCGAACAAGAACAACUCUAUUGAGAAAGCCAGAAAGGCAUCAGUAUCACACCAAAGCUUUUCCUUCUCUUAGCGAUGAGAGUUCCCUCAUCCCCACAACUCACCCAAAACCUCCUCCUCCACUCUUCUCCCAACACAAGCACAACCACCAACCCAACCACCUUCACCUACGAACCCACCUCAGUCCUCGACCUCGGCCGCAGCCCCAGCCCAGAAAAGAAACCCUCUGCCCCAAGACCAGACCCCCAACACAACAACAACAACAACAACAACACCAACAACCUCGACCUGGACGAACAUGUCUUGCCCAAUUUGGAUUGGUGGGAUUCCAUCAUGAAGGACCUAUCCUUGCCCGAAGAGUCCCCCACGCCUCUUUUGAAAAAUAAUAACAUAAACGCAUGCAUCCCUGAUUUCCCACCCUUCGACCACCCCCCAGACUUCACAACCUCUCUCUCGGAAAUAUACACGAACCAAAACCUACCCUACACCUACACCUUGGAGCAAUCCUUUCACGACCUCAACCAGCACAACAACAACUGGGAUUUCAUCGAAGAGCUCAUACGCGCCGCCGAUUGCUUCGACACAAGCCACUUCCAAGUGGCGCAAGCCAUACUGGAGCGGCUAAACCAACGCCUCACACGCUCCCCCAUGGCCAAGCCGCUCCACCGAGCCGCGUUUCACUUCAAAGACGCACUUCACUCCAUUCUCUCCGGUUCCAACAGGACCCGACUCUCCUCCAUGCUCGAGAUCGUUCAAACAAUCAAAACCUACAAGGCCUUUUCUGGAAUUUCACCCAUUCCCAUGUUUUCAAUCUUCACCACCAACCAGGCCUUGCUCGAAACCCUAAACGGAUCCUCCUUUGUACACGUCAUCGACUUCGAAAUCGGCCUCGGGAUCCAAUACGCCUCUCUCAUGAAGGAGAUCGCCGAGAAGGCCACCGGCGCCUCCACGCUCCUCCACAUCACGGCCGUCGUGCCGGAGGAAAGCGCCGUCGAGAACCGCCUCGUCCGCGAGAAUCUCAACCAGUUCGCGCACGACCUCGGGAUCCGCGUCCAGGUCGAUUUCGUGCCGCUGAGGACGUUCGAGACGGUGUCGUUCAAGGCGGUCAGGUUUCUCGACGGGGAGAAGAUCGCGGUGCUGCUCACGCCGGCUAUCUUCUCCCGCCUCGGCGCCGGCGGCGCCGCGUUCCUCGCCGAGGUGAGGAGGACGGCGCCGGGAGUGGUGGUGUUCGUGGACGGCGAGGGGUGGACGGAGUCCUCGGCGGCGGCGUCGUUCCGGCGCGGCGUGGUGAACAGCCUGGAGUUUUACUCGAUGAUGCUGGAGUCGCUGGACGCGGCGGUGGCGGCGGGGGGAGGCGGCGAGUGGGUGAGGAGGAUCGAGAUGCUGCUGCUGCGGCCGAAGAUCUUCGCGGCGGUGGAGGGCGCGCGGCGGAGGACGCCGCCGUGGAGGGAGGCAUUCUACGGCGCCGGAAUGAGGCCGGUGCAGUUGAGCCAGUUCGCGGAUUAUCAGGCCGAGUGCUUGCUGGCCAAGGUGCAAAUCAGAGGCUUCCACGUGGACAAACGCCAUGCUGAGUUGGUGCUUUGCUGGCACGAACGACCCAUGGUUGCCACGUCAGCUUGGCGGUGUUAGAAUAAUAUUAAUAAUCAUACACACAAUACAAGACACCACAACCUGCUUAAUUAGACAUGUGGACUUUAUUAUCAAGUUCACUUCACAAACAUUGUAGUUUAACUUUAAUUUAGUUCGUAACAGAUAAUUAAAAAUACAAAAAAAAACUGGAAAGUACAUAAGCUUGUGUUUUUUCCAGACUUUUUUGCUUUUUGUACUGUAGAUAAAUUGUGGGGGUGUCUGUAUUUAAUUUGUUUUGAGAUGAGGCAUGUAAUAUUGCUGGAUACAUGCAUUACAGUUUCGGUCUUGUUAUCAUAAUGAACCUGUGGCUUUUCUAUUUGGGAAAUGAAUAGUUCUAUUCUAUCUUUA